AGGUUCUGUACGUGGCAGCGAUAUAAAAAAAAAAAAAAAAACACCCGUGCGUCCUAGUCAUAACCCCGGGGAGCCAAGAAAACCUGCGUCCACGUCCCAAAGUGUGUCUUUCAUCUUUAAACCCCAGAAGGCUCAGGUUACUAAAGGAGACAGAAUGAGGAAGUCUCUGUCUUACAUCUCCCUGGUCCUGCUCUGCUGCUCCAGCUGGAUCACACAUGCAGAGGUCUUCACUUCCAUAGGGCAAAUGACAGAUCUCCUCUACACUGAAAAGGAGUUGGUCCAGUCUCUAAGGGAGUACAUAAAAGCAGAAGAGACCAAGCUCGCUUCUGUUAAAAGCUGGGCCAACAAACUAGAUGCCCUGACCAGAGUUUCUACGACUGACCCAGAGGGCUACCUGGCCCAUCCAGUCAAUGCCUACAAACUGAUGAAGAGACUGAACACAGAGUGGAAUGAACUGGAGAGCCUGGUGCUGCAGAACCCCUCGGAUGGAUUCAUCUCCAACAUGUCUGUACACAGACAGUAUUUCCCAGAUGAGGAGGAUGAGACAGGCGCAGCCAAGGCGUUGAUGCGUCUGCAGGACACGUACCAACUGGAUUCUGAGGCCUUUUCUAAAGGAAAACUGCCUGGCAUGCAGUCCGAUGCAUUUCUCACAGUGGAUGACUGCUUCGACAUGGGGAAGACGGCGUACAAUGAUGCAGACUAUUACCACGCUGUGCUGUGGAUGCAGCAGUCCUUAAAACAGUUGGAUGCCGGAGAGGAAGCGGCAACUACCAAGGCAGAAAUUCUGGACUACCUCAGCUAUUCCGUUUACCAAAUGGGUGACCUACCUCGAGCCAUUGAACUGACACGCCGCCUGGUGGCCAUUGACCCCAGCCACCAGAGGGCAGGAGGAAACCUCCGUUACUUUGAGAAGUUGCUGUUUAAGCAGCUCAAUGAACUGAAUCAGGCCUACCAACCUGCCUCAGAAGAGCCGAUCCAGCUGGGGACUUACAACAGACCCAAAGACCACCUCCCAGAGAGAGAGACAUAUGAGGCGCUGUGCAGAGGAGAGGGAAUCAAAUUGACGGAAGCAAAGCGCAGCCGUCUGUUCUGUCGCUACCAGGAUGGUUUCAGGAACCCUCGACUCCUGCUGAAGCCGAUGAAGGAGGAGGACGAGUGGGACAGUCCCCACAUUGUACGCUACCUGGACGUCCUGUCCAGCGAGGAGAUUGAUAAGAUAAAAGAGCUGGCCAAACCCAGGCUUGCAAGAGCAACUGUCCGUGACCCCAAAACAGGUGUUCUGACCACAGCUCAGUACAGAGUGUCCAAAAGUGCAUGGUUGGAAGGAGAAGAUGAUCCUGUCAUUGCCAGAGUCAAUCAGAGGAUAGAAGACAUCACAGGCCUGACAGUAGACACUGCAGAGUUAUUACAGGUUGCUAACUAUGGAGUCGGAGGACAGUACGAGCCACAUUAUGACUUCUCAAGGCGUCCUUUUGACAGCAACCUCAAGGUCGAUGGAAAUAGACUCGCUACGUUCCUUAACUACAGAGAUGAGCCUGAUGCUUUCAAAAGAUUAGGCACUGGAAAUCGUGUGGCAACUUUUUUAAACUACAUGAGCGAUGUAACAGCAGGAGGUGCAACAGUUUUUCCUGACUUUGGAGCAGCAAUCUGGCCUCGAAAGGGAACAGCAGUAUUCUGGUACAACCUGUUCAAGAGUGGUGAGGGAGACUACCGGACCAGACACGCAGCCUGUCCUGUGUUAGUGGGGAGUAAAUGGGUUUCAAACAAGUGGAUUCACGAACGAGGCCAAGAGUUCAGAAGACCUUGUGGCCUGACAGAAGUGGACUGAAGUUUUACCCAAACUUAUUGAUAAUACAAACACACACACACACACACACACACACACGUACACAAUAACCCACUGUAGUGCCUUUACUUUGGCAACACACAAACUGUGCAUGCUGCAAGACUUAGUGUGUGUUCUCUUCCUGGAAUUGUCAAAAUGAUUUAUGCACAUUUUAUGAGAAAAUGUUGACACUGGUGUGUAGGAGCUGGCAGAGGUUAUCCUCUUUCCAUUUUUUAUCAUACAUACUCAACGUCGGCCCAACUUUCUCCAAGAUAAAUACCUACAUUCUUCACUAUAAUGAAGCCAAACACUAAUACUAAGGUAUUUUUUGCCCAAAAAUGAACAAUUUUCUUUUUUGCUUCUUUAUUUAGUAUACAUUUAAUUUGCAAAGUUAAAGCACAGCCCUUGUUUGUUAAAACACAAGUUUUCCAAAUUAAGAUACUCAGGUUUGUCUCUAUUUUAAAUUCACCUCUUAAGUUAUUUGGACACAUAACAUACAUUUCAGAAAAUAAACAGCAGUGUAUAUUAGCAUAUUAGGGCCAAUUUAGGUUAAAUUAACACAAGUUAUUCAUUUACAAGGAGAGUUUUUGGUGAUAUUAAAGUCUUAAAUCUUCAAUGAACAAACUAACAAUUUUUGAGAUUUUAAAAUUGUAUUUGUGACAAAAAAGCCCAGAAGAACUCAAGAGGAAAAAAAUUCAAUACUUUCAGAUUACAAUCUCAUACAUUUACAAAAAAAAAACAAAACAAAAACUGAAAAUCUUGGAAAUUUAGACUUUUUUCUGAUUUUUUUUUGUUUUGUUUUUUGUUUUUUUAAUUAUCCUUCACCUUUUUUUUUUUUUUUUUUUUACCUAAAUCGGUCUUAAUGCAUUGUCCAUGUGCCUCUGGAACCUAAAGCCACAAAGUGAACCAGUUUACUCCCAUCCUUUCAGCCUACAAAAGCAUCCUGUGCCCACAUGAGCGCCUGUCAUUCACACAGGUGAACAUGCAUACAAAAGUGUGUAUUACGUCUGGGUGCUACAACUUCACUGUUUGAUGAUGCUUUAUUCCUGUCAAUGUGCUGUUCAUCUGUUACAUCUGGAUAUUUUAUGCACAGAGUAUGUUUGAUCUAAACCUUGGCCAUGACAUUUUAUUUAUAUAGUGUUUAAAUUAUUACACUUGUCAUACUGUGUGCUCUUCUUCUACAUUAAAAGAUGACAAACAGACAAGUCAAUAAAAACUGUCCUUUAUU